AUGGGCCCCGCGGCGCGGCUGGCGGCGCUGUUGGCGGUGCUGGCGCUCCGGGCAGGGGACCCGGCCGAGGUCGCGGCUCGCGGGGACACGUUCUCGGCGCUGACCAGUGUGGCGCGCGCCCUGGCGCCCGAGCGCCGGCUGCUGGGACUGCUGCGGCGCUACCUGCGCGGGGAGGAGGCGCGGCUGCGGGACCUGACCAGAUUCUAUCACAAGGUGCUAUCUUUACAUGAAGAUUCAGCAACCCCUGUGUCUAACCCUCUGCUUGCAUUUACUCUCAUCAAACGCCUACAGUCUGACUGGAAGAAUGUGGUACAUAGUCUGGAGGCCAGUGAGAACAUCCGAGCUCUCAAGGAUGGUUAUGAGAGGGUGGAGCAGGACCUUCCAGCCUUUGAGGACCUCGAGGGAGCAGCAAGGGCCCUGAUGCGGCUGCAGGACGUGUACAUGCUCAACGUGAAGGGACUUGCCCGAGGAGUCUUCCAGAGAGUCACAGGCUCUGCUGUCACUGACUUGUAUAGUCCCAGGCGACUUUUCUCCCUCACCGGGGAUGACUGCUUCCAAGUUGGCAAGGUGGCCUAUGACAUGGGGGAUUACUACCAUGCCAUUCCAUGGCUGGAGGAGGCCGUCAGUCUCUUCCGAGGCUCUUAUGGAGAAUGGAAGACAGAGGAUGAGGCAAGUCUUGAGGAUGCCUUGGAUCACCUGGCCUUCGCUUAUUUCCAGGCAGGAAAUGUUUUGUGUGCCCUCAACCUUUCCCGGGAGUUUCUUCUGUACAGCCCAGAUAAUAAGAGGGUGGCCAGAAAUGUCUUGAAGUAUGAAAAGCUCUUGGCGGAGAGCCCUAACCAGGCUGUAGCAGAGACUGUCAUGCAGAGACCCAAUGUGCCCCACCUGCAGACCAGGGACACCUACGAGGGGUUAUGUCAGACCCUGGGUUCCCAGCCUACUCACUACCAGAUCCCCAGCCUCUACUGCUCCUAUGAGACCAGUUCCAGUCCCUACCUGUUGCUCCAGCCGGUGCGGAAGGAGGUUAUCCACCUGGAGCCCUAUGUUGUUCUCUACCAUGACUUUGUCAGUGAUGCUGAGGCUCAGAAGAUCAGAGGGCUUGCAGAACCAUGGUUACAGAGAUCCGUGGUGGCGUCAGGUGAGAAGCAGUUACCAGUGGAGUACCGCAUCAGCAAGAGUGCCUGGCUGAAGGACACUGUUGACCCAGUGCUGGUGACCCUUGACCAUCGCAUUGCUGCCCUCACGGGCCUUGAUGUCCAGCCCCCCUAUGCAGAGUAUCUCCAGGUGGUGAACUAUGGAAUUGGAGGGCACUAUGAGCCUCACUUUGAUCAUGCUACGUCACCAAGCAGCCCACUGUACAGAAUGAACUCGGGGAACCGGGUCGCAACAUUUAUGAUCUAUUUGAGCUCGGUGGAAGCCGGAGGAGCCACAGCCUUCAUCUACGGCAACUUCAGUGUUCCUGUGGUCAAGAAUGCAGCUCUAUUUUGGUGGAACCUGCACAGGAGUGGUGAAGGGGAUGGUGACACACUUCAUGCUGCCUGCCCUGUCCUGGUAGGAGAUAAAUGGGUGGCCAACAAGUGGAUACACGAGUACGGACAGGAAUUCCGCAGACCCUGCAGCUCGAGACCUGAAGACUAAAGUGUUGGCAGAGAGAAGCUGGAGGAGGCCUUCGGCUUUCCAAAGAAGCCAGAAGUAAAAAGCUAGGGUAAGAGAGCAGAAAGGGGAGCAAGCUUCUGGAGGAGGCCCUUGUCAGCACUGUCUGUUCCUUGCAAAUGGGAGACAAGGAAGUAGUCUCUAGCAGGGACAUUGUUUCUCCUCAAGCUAUGACUCAUAGCAGAAUGAACAAGACAAAGGAGGGGGCCCGAAGGCUGGAGAGAGAAGUUUCUGGAGCUCAGACUCUCUUUUGGAAACAGGGCCUAUCAACAGUCUCCAGGGUUUGGUCGGUGGGGCCUUCGCCACUUGAGCCUUGACCACAGGGGCCCGGAGUGGCAGUGAGGCCCCUGCAGCCGACGCCUGACUCCCACGUGCCCUUCUGCCCACUGACUCCUGCUGAAGGCUAAGCAGGGGGUGUCUCUGUAUCAGGAGUGUACCUCAUGUGAUGACUUUUUUAAAGCAGACAGUAACUUUUUUAAAAAAUAUGAUUUUUAAAUAUAGCCAUUAAAAUGUUUUAAU